AUGAGUAGUGGUGAUGGUGACGUCGGCAAAAUAGAAGAGCUUCCAGAAGAAAUUCGCAACGCAGAUGUCCAGGAAAUUCAGAUGCGUACGCGCAUGCUAGAAAACGAACUCCGGAUGCUAAAGUCUGAGCAUGUGCGGCUUUCUCAUGAGCGGGCAGUUAUGCGCGAGCGUAUCUCUGACAACACUGAAAAGAUCUCCCAAAACAAAAUGCUGCCAUACCUGGUUGGAAAUGUUGUUGAAAUUCUAGAUAUGGACCCUGAUAUCGAUGAGGAUUCAGAAGAAGCUGCGAACGUUGCGCCAAACUCGCGACCACAUGGCAAGUGUGCUGUUAUCAAGACAUCUACGCGGCAAACAAUCUUCCUACCACUGAUCGGCCUUGUUCCAGCGGAAGAACUGGAACCUGGUGAUCUCAUUGGCGUGAAUAAAGACAGCUACCUGAUUCUCGAUAAACUACCUGCUGAGUACGACUCACGAGUCAAGGCGAUGGAGGUGGACGAACGGCCCACUGAAACUUAUACUGAUAUUGGUGGGCUCGACAAACAAAUUGAAGAGCUAGUCGAGGCAAUUGUAUUGCCAAUGCAGCAAGAGCAGAAGUUCAAGAACCUGGGUAUCAAGCCACCGAAAGGCGCGCUCAUGUAUGGCCCGCCUGGCACAGGCAAGACGCUCUUGGCCCGAGCUUGUGCCGCACAAACAAACGCGUGUUACCUAAAACUGGCCGGACCUUCACUUGUGCAGAUGUUCAUUGGUGAUGGUGCGAAGCUUGUGCGGGAUGCUUUUGAGCUUGCUAAGGAGAAGUCGCCGGCCAUAAUUUUUAUCGACGAAAUUGAUGCCAUUGGUACAAAACGGUUUGAUUCUGAUAAGUCUGGUGACAGAGAAGUGCAACGUACAAUGCUUGAGUUACUUAAUCAGCUUGAUGGUUUCUCAAGUGACCAGAACAUCAAAGUUAUCGCUGCAACUAACCGAAUUGAUAUUCUGGAUCCGGCUCUUCUUCGAUCAGGCCGUCUCGAUCGAAAAAUUGAGUUCCCUCUUCCUAACGAAGAAGCACGAGCUAGGAUCAUGGAGAUCCACAGCCGUAAAAUGGCGGUCGGACCAAAUGUCAAUUUUGCUGAGCUGGCUCGCUCGACGGAUGAAAUGAAUGGUGCACAGCUUAAAGCGGUCUGUGUCGAAGCCGGCAUGAUUGCCUUGCGUGAAGGUGCGACUGAGCUGGAUCAUGAGCACUUCCUCGGCGGUAUUCUCGAGGUCCAGGCCCUUAAGAAAUCAGACCACUUUUACUAUGCUUAA